UUUGAGAGCCGCUGCAUAUAGAUGAGUAGGCAGCCAGUCUGAGCUGACCCACAGACUCAUAAAAACCAACGGGGCCUCGGGCACCCUCGCCCGGGACACCCAAUUUCUUGGAUCAAAGGUGCAAGGACCUGCUCGCAUCAAGGAUCCAGCUGCUUUCUUGGGGACCAAGACAUUGAGCUUUUGUCUCAAUAUUCACUCAAGCAGCCCAUGAGAUUUUCUGCUGAGGAAUCAGAGGGAAACAAGAGGGCUGCUUACCUGGAGUGUCUAUUCUUCAGAAGAAAGCUAGGCAAGAAGUGAACACAGUAAACAGGACACCUGUGAGCUCCACCUUUGCUCUGCCAACCCCACUGCUGGCCUUCGGUGGUGACGUUCUCUCGGUCAGCGCUGCCAGCAAUGCAGACCCCACGCCCCCAGUGCUCAGGGGCCAGCAUUCUGAUCAAGAUGUUGACAGAAAGAAUGUUCAAACAUCUUCGGAAAUGGUUUGUCACUCGCUUCUUGGGGCAUCCUCGGCGAAGAACAAGGCUGGUUUCCAAAGAUGGAAGGUGCAACAUAGAGUUUGGCAAUGUGGAGGCGCAGACGAGGUUUAUAUUCUUUGUGGACAUUUGGACGACGGUGCUUGACCUCAAAUGGAGGUACAAGAUGACCAUCUUCAUCACAGCCUUCCUGGGGAGCUGGUUCCUCUUUGGCCUCCUGUGGUACGCGGUAGCCUACAUUCACAAAGAUCUCCCUGAGUUCCAUCCACCGGACAACCACACCCCUUGCGUGGACAACAUUAAUGGUCUGACCUCAGCUUUUCUGUUUUCUCUGGAAACACAGGUGACUAUUGGCUAUGGAUUCAGGUGUGUGACCGAACAGUGCGGCACCGCCAUCUUCCUGCUCAUCUUCCAGUCUAUCCUUGGCGUCAUCAUCAAUUCCUUCAUGUGUGGCGCCAUCUUAGCCAAGAUCUCCAGGCCCAAAAAGCGGGCGAAGACCAUUACCUUCAGCAAGAAUGCCGUGAUCAGUAAGCGGGGCGGGAAGCUGUGCCUCCUCAUCCGCGUGGCCAACCUCCGGAAGAGCCUCCUCAUUGGCAGUCACAUCUACGGGAAGCUUCUCAAGACCACAGUCACUCCUGAAGGAGAGACCAUUAUUUUAGACCAGACCAAUAUCAACUUCAUAGUUGAUGCCGGGAAUGAAAAUUUAUUCUUCAUCUCCCCACUGACCAUUUACCACAUCAUUGAUCACAACAGCCCCUUCUUCGACAUGGCGGCAGAGACGCUUCUCCAGCAGGACUUCGAGUUAGUGGUGUUUUUAGAUGGCACCGUGGAGUCGACCAGCGCGACCUGCCAAGUGCGGACAUCCUAUGUCCCAGAAGAGGUGCUCUGGGGCUACCGUUUUGCUCCCAUCGUGUCCAAGACCAAGGAAGGGAAAUACCGCGUGGAUUUCCACAACUUUAGCAAGACCGUGGAAGUGGAUACCCCUCACUGUGCCAUGUGCCUUUAUAAUGAGAGAGAUGCGAGAGCCAAGAUGAAGAGAGGCUAUGACAACCCCAACUUCACUUUGUCAGAAGUCAACGAGACAGAUGACACUAAAAUGUAGCAGUGGCUUUUCAACACAAGUAAAGCCAAGUUUCGAACACUCAUAGUGACUAGCGGCAUGAUGAGGCAAUCAACCAUUUGGGAGUGUGAAACAGACAAAAGCCUUCCAAGUCCACCAGCACAAUGCCCCUGAACUCUAUAACCGUGAUUCUACAAGACUCUACAAGGCUAGUGCAGUAGAACAUGCAUUGUAUUUGUAGGAAGCUGGAAUAUAGAAGUUAUGGGAGCUCACUUGAAUAUGAUUAUUUAAAAUCAUGCAUUGUUAAUAGAAACAGACAAAAAUUAUCAAAAGUCUCAUGAGAUCAAAUGUGGUCUUUUUUAAAGUUUCCUUGAAGAAGUUAUGAGCUUUAUAUAGGAUCAGGGGCAAAACAUAUUCUUGUCUUCAUUCUACUGAUAAGCAAUAAGUCACUUUAUUUAUUUAAAAAAAAAUUUUAUUGAAUUUUGGGGGUAACAUUAGUUCAUAAAAUUAUAUAGGUUUCAGGUGUACAAUUCUAUACUAAAUCACCUGUAUAUUGUAUUGUGUGUUCACCACCCCCAAGUCAGGUCUCCUUCCAUCACCAUUUUUCUCCCCUUUACCCUCCUCUACCUCCCUCUAUACCCAUUACCCUCUGGUAAUCAUCAUACUGUUGUUAUCUGUGUCUAUGAGUUUUUUGUGUUUUUGUUUUUGUGUGUGUGUGCUUAAUUCCUUCAUUUUUUCACCCCAA